AAUCUUUUUAAUUGAUAAGUAAAUUACAUGAUGUAGCCAAAUAGCCAAUAGAUGUUUAGAAAACAAAUAAGGAAAAAUAUGACGUGGAGAUCAUGAUAAGCUGAAACAUGAAGGGUCUGACCGGUGACCAUUCGGAAAUUAAGAGGAACGAAUAAAAAAAGAAUGUAUGGGAACAAAAUAUCAGGAAUGAAAAGGAAUGGUUGUUCCUUAUCAAAUUUAACAAGGAAUAAUUUUGUUCUUAAAUUCUCUACAAAAAAGAGAAUAAAAGGGAAUGAGAGGGAAUUAUUAUUCCUUAUGAAUGGUGAUUUUUUUUAGGAACAUUAGGGAAUGCAUUAUUCCUCACCGUUCUCUGGUCACCGGUCAGACCCGAAAAGUAAACCCAAGAUUUUCCUUAGGUCAAAUUCGAAUCUGACUGAUUAGUCUCUCAUAUGCAAUUAAGCCCUAAAAUAUCAUUAUUUCCUUUUUUUUCCUUCUAUCCCUUUCUGAUCUCUAUCUCUCCCUGUUCACAAGCAUAUAGUCUCUUCAAACGGUACGAAUGAUUCUACGUUUACUCUCAUCUUCCCUUUUUUAUUAACUUCUAUAGGAAUCUAUGGUGUUAACCACAACUGAUUAGAUCUUUUUAAGUUUUUUUUUCUUAUAUGAUUCACUCCCCCGAGAGUUUAUUCUCUCUCAGUGUUGAUUGCAGUGGAAGAUGAAAGACGUUGUGAUUGAUGAUGAUGUUGGUAAUGCAGACUCCAUAAUGGAUAGUGAUGAUGGACGCAGAACGUUUAUGGUGAAUGCAGUUACUAACCAUCAUACUCCAACUAUGUUUCAAGAAACUGAUGUUCCAGUUCUUUCUCUUGAUGAUGAUGAUGAUGAUCUCAAGAUUGAUGAGGACUACAAGCUGCACCUUGAUCAUCUUAGUGAUGAUAACAGUUUAGUCCCUCCCUCUGAAGACGACAGUAAAGAAUCUGAAACUCGUAGACUCAGAUUCAACAUGGUUACUAAUGAUGCAAACAGAUCAAAGAGAAAGAUAGCUGAGUUAGAGGCUGCAAGGGAUGUUCCUUUAGCUAGUAACAUGUCAGAAGAGUCAACAGAGGAUGAUGAGACUUUAUGGGAUGUUCCAUUGCUUAGAACCCUAGAAGUCAUCAAACGUGACAACGAAGCUAGGAAGCUGGCAGAGUCAACUUCAUGGGAUGUUCCAUUGGUUAGAGCCCAAGAAGCCAUACAAAGAGACAACAAAGCUAGAAAAAUGUCAGAGACUUUAUGGGAUGUUCCCUUGGUUAGAGCUCAAGAAGUCAUCCAACGAGGCAACAAAGCUAGGAGAUUUUUGGAGUCAAAGGUUGAUGACACUUUACGUGAUGUUCCAUUGGUUAGAACCAAAGAAGUGAAGGCUCUUCCUGUGAAGCGAGUACAUAGAGUUACAGAGCCUUCAAUGACACAAAGCAACAAAAGAGUUUGUGUAGGGACAAGGAAGAAGAGUGUGGAAGAAGUUGUGGAUAAGGACUACAUGAGUUACCUCACAUGGCUUGUAGACUCUUUUGAACAUCCCACAACUGUUGUCCCUGAAAAGGAUCUAUCAGCAAAAGUAAAGGUUGAGAUUGAUUCUUGGUGUUCUGAUGAUGAUGAUGAUGAUAUAAUUGAGGUUAGUGAUACUCCAUUCACAGAUGGAGAGAGCACACCUUUCGUGGUGUCCAAGAACAAGGAAGUGAUUGAUCUUGAGAAAGAUGAUAGUACUGAUGAUGAAAGUGGUAGUAGUAGUGCGUUUAGAAGGGAGCUAAUAGAUGUUCUUGAGAAACCAUACGAUGCAGGAGAGCUGUUGUUGUUGUCUAGUCAGGCAUCGAUGAAGAAACCAGUGAGUAGAUGUAGAGAGCUGAGAAAGGGAAGAGAGAGUAGCUAUGAGACUUCUGAGCUGGGACUGUCUUAUCUGGAGAAGGUCUGUGAUUUCGAUAGAGAAUACAAGCUUGCGGAUGGUGAUGAUAAGGCGCGGUUGGAGUUGCUGCGUGGUUUUUUCUUUUACUUGGAGAAUAUUUCUCUUCCUGGUGCUUUCAAGCCUUGGUUGCCAGAGAACAUGAAGAAGCUAGGUCGAAGAAAGCAAUGCUUGCAACCAUAGGAAGAUGUUAGAUCAAUCUUUUGGUUAAACUGUUGUAAUGUUUUAGAAUCGGAUCAGGGCCGCUUCUCUUUUACUUUGUUGUUGUUGGAUGACAAUCCGAUUCAGAGUAGUUGCCUGUCUCCCAAGAAUCUUGUUUUCUUGAGCAAUGUCUCAGCGAGGACACUGAGUUCAAAAGCUUAAUCAAAAAAAAAAAAAAAAAAAAGCAAGAGAA